AUGCUCGUCUGUCACAGUGGUCGACCAAGGCGAGCUGAUGCACUUCUUGGGAUUAAUAUUCACUUGAUAACAUGUCUCUGUACCGAAAUGCCAUCUGGUUUUUGAACGGAAUCCACCAAUAUACAAGGAAGGGAUAUGAGGCAGCAUUUAAAGACUUUGAGCCCCAAGACCUAGAUGUGUCCGUUGUGGGAAGGUCUUUUAUGAUCACCGGCGCCAACAGUGGAAUUGGCAGAGCAACAGCCAUGGCUAUAGCCAAGAAAGGUGGGACAGUGCACAUGGUGUGUAGGAACAAAGAUAAAGCAGAAGAGGCCAGGGUGGACAUCACUAGUGAGUCUGGGAAUACGGAGGUAUACAUUCAUAUUGUGGACAUGUCAGAGACACGCAAAGUCUGGGAGUUUGCAGAGGCCUUCAAGAAGCAGUAUCCAGCCUUGAAUGUGUUGAUAAAUAAUGCAGGGUGUAUGGUGCACAAGAGAGAGCUUAAUGCUGAGGGCCUGGAGAAGAACUUUGCUACAAACACUAUGGGAGUGUACAUCCUCACCCAGAGUCUCAUACCACUUCUACAGAAGAGCCGGGAUCCAAGGGUGAUCACUGUGUCCUCAGGAGGCAUGCUGGUCCAGAAACUCCGAGUCGAUGACUUGCAGUCAGAGAAGGGCGACUUUGAUGCCGUCAUGGUCUACGCCCAGAACAAGAGACAGCAGGUAGUGCUGACACAACAGUGGGCCAAAGCUUACCCACUCAUUCACUUUUCUGCCAUGCAUCCAGGCUGGGCAGAUACACCAGCCAUUUCUACAUCAAUGCCUCAGUUCCACCAGAUGAUGGGGGAGAGGCUGCGCAGUGCAGAGCAAGGAGCCGACACGGUUGUGUGGUUGGCCUUGUCUAGAGCUGCUGCCAGAACAUGUGGCGGGCAGUUCUUUCAAGAUCGUACGCCGGUUCCUGUCCACCUGCCUCUGGCCUGGACUCACAGUUCUGCUGAAGAGAUUCAGAGUUUCAUGACUCAGCUGGAGACUUUGGCCAGAGCCAUAUGUCACAACCUGAUGUAGAGCUCAUUCCAGACCUCAAGCGGUCUGAAUUCUGAUACAAAUGUUACACCAUAUACUAAGUGACAAAUUAAUGCAUUAGCUUAAAUAAGAUCAAUUUCUGAAAAAAAAAAAAAAACAUUUGUCUAAUGUGCUUCCUAAUUCUACACAGCAUUAUGUUCAGGACAGUGCAUAGCUCAGGGUCACUUGAUUAAUCUGUGAUGUGAAGAUGUGGUAACUGGACUGUUUGCAUUGAAAAUGUACUAUUGAAUUAAAGACAAAAGUAGAUUUGGAUGAAA